UCACCAACUUAUAAUUGAACAGUAACAUCUUCUCUUCUUCUACUUCUAUAUAAACCCCCAACAAUCAAAUACAAUUAAUUCCCAAGAAAAACCUACCUAUAUAUAUUCUAAGUUCUUAUACAUAUAUACAUAUAUAUGUCAUGGCUCCGAUCUUUCUAUGCUUCCUUCUCUUUCUCCUCCCAACUCCGAACACCGCGACGCAGGACUUCUGCGUCGGGGACCUGACGGCCCCUGACACCCCCUCCGGAUACCCCUGCAAGAAGGUGUCUGCCGUCACCGUCGACGACUUUGUGUUCUCUGGCCUCGGCGUGCCCGGGAACACGUCGAACCUCAUCAAGGCCGCCGUCACCCCCGCCUUCGUCAGCACGUUUCCCGGCGUCAAUGGGCUCGGCAUCUCCGCCGCGCGGAUCGACAUCGCGCCGGACGGCGUCGUCCCCCUGCACACGCACCCGGGUGGCUCGGAGCUCCUCGUGGUGUUGGAGGGCUGCAUCUACGCCGGGUUCAUCUCGACGGCGAACGACGUCUACACCCAGUCGCUCGGCCCCGGCGACGCCAUGCUCUUCCCCCAGGGCCUGCUGCACUUCCAGAUAAACAGCGGCGACACCGCCGCGGUGGCCAUCGCCAGCUUCAGCAGCCCCGCCCCGGGCCUGCAGAUCACCGCCUUCGCGCUGUUUGCCAACAGCCUGCCGUCGCCGCUCGUCGAGAAGGUCACUUUCCUCGACGAUGACGAGGUCAAGAAGCUCAAGGCCGUGCUCGGCGGCUCCGGAUGAUUUUUCCGGUAGCUCGGGUUUAUGAUCAGAAGGCUAAAAUGCAGUUUAUCUCUCUGAAUAUAUUGCGUUUCGCAUGCCGCAACCAAAAUAAACCUUUUUAAGUAUUCUUAGAUAACAAAUAUCUCUAGCAAUAAUGAUUGCACCUAUCAAUACCAAUCCUUUUGAAUGCAAUUAUUGUGGAACUUUUUUAUUUUCGGUUUAGCCUUAAAUAACGAAGAAUUUGAUGCAAAUUGGGAUCGUUUAGGAUCAAUUAUGCAUGCAUGGUGUACAUGUUCUUGAGUGUAAUUGUAAAUUUGUUUCUAUGGGAAAAAGUGGGACUAAUUAAGCAUUUGAAGACUCAUCAUUGGAGCUAUUUCUCUUUA